GCUGUAAUUAUACUUCGUCCUCCAUCAAUCACCUUAGCAAUGCUGCAAAUCUGCAACAGUCACUGACUUCGGGUUGAGUGUUCAAUAUGAAGUUGAACUGAAAUUGUAAUUCAAAGUUGAAGAAUUUUGCAUUAUAUUUCAACUUGAAUCUUCACAUAUUGUCAUAAAGUUUAGUCAUGUGUGACUGUGUUCAGUCAGCUGCUAUCAUAGCAAACCGAUUUAGCAGCACUCGAAUUCGAAUAUUAGGUCAAUCUCAAUGUGGUUGGAAUAGCAAGCCAGUGUUUCUGGCAUCAGAAGUAUUAACCGGGUACAAAGAUUGUUCUGUUAUGAAUAAACUGUCAAACAGAAAAUGCAGAAGGAUUUUUAGGCAUGAGGUGGUUAUUAUGGAUAGAAGAGUUGUGACAAAUUUGGGUGUGUUUGGUUCAAAUGCAUUUGAUUCCAGUUCUGACCUGAGGCUAAAAGAGGAAGGGGAUGAGGAUUUUGUAUUGGGUUUGCGAAAUGGUGAAGAGAAGCUUCAAGACUUGAAGCUAGGUUUGAUUGGUGAAAAUGAAGCUAUUGAUAAUACAAGAAAUUAUGAUGACAUGAGUAGCGAGAAAAAUCAGAAUGGUGAGCUUGGGCAUUUGAGUUUUGACGAACUCUUACAGGAAGAAGGUGAAGGCAUAGUUUCAAAAGCUGAAGAUUUAAUGUCUUUUAAAGGUGAUGGGAAGAAUGAGGAUUUGGAGUUGGGUGAUGACCAAGUCGAGGAGCUUCAACAGUCCAAGUCAAAGCCAAAGAAUAAGCUAGAGAGGAAGGUGAAAUUUAGGAGUAGAAAGCAGUUAGCAAAGAGAUCAAGCAUUCUUGCAAAACAAGUGAUAGGGAUUGAAUCGGCUUGCAGUUUGGGAUUUGUUUCACAGCUGUGGGUUGAUACUGCAACUUGGGCAGUAAUGGAGGUUGAAGUCAGGCCAAACUUGCUUUCUUCGGAUUCAGUAAAAUUUCUUCUUGAAGAUAUUAAAAAGGUUGGUGAUGUGGUGCUUGUACAGGAGGAUAACUUUAUACAGAAUGAAUUUAGAACAGUUGGACUGGAAACCUUGGUAGGGUACAGUGUUGUAACACCUGGACAAAGAAAUUUGGGAAAGGUUCGUGGCUACACUUUCAACAUCAACUCUGGUAGUGUGGAGUCUCUUGAGCUCGAUGCAUUCGGGUAUUCAGUUAUUCCGUCAAGUCUGGUAAGCACUUAUGCCUUAUUCAGUGAUGAUGUACUUGAGGUAGUCUCAGAUCUUAUCAUAGUGCAUGAAGCAGCAGCCUCACGCAUCCAAAGGUUAACCAAGGGAUUGUUAGGCACAAAGAUCGGCGAGACAUCAAGCAUUAAUCUCAAGAACCGCGACAUGGAAUUAGAUUCUACACAAUCUGAUAAAUAUCGUAAACCAAGAAGGAAACCAAGUAAGCGAAAAUUCUACCCAGGAACUAGGGAUCUGGACAAUGACUUUGAUCUCCCUAUGGAUUACAUGUAGUAAAUACUAAUUAUUGAUAUAAAAAAUUUCUCCUUCCUCCCUCCCUUUGUAAUUAUUAUCAUACUCUAGAUGUUUGUAAUAUUCAUACAAUCAUACUUUCUGCUACGCUGCCUAUUAUAUUGAACAAAUAUACAGAGAAUAAUUCAAUUGUGAA